GCGCGUCGGUACAGAAUGCCUGCCUCAUGAGUGACGGCGACUUGGAGACAAAAACCAAGCAUCAAAUUCCUGUGUAGCGGUCCUAAUCUCCAGAUACGACUAUUCUACUCUAAUUCAGCCCAUAGUCCACCCACCCACCCAAUGUUUGCGAGCGGCGUCCAUCUUCGUCCCUGUGACCCAAUUCCCUGCACAAGACACCUGCAAUGUCCACUGUCGCCCGCCAUGGCCGAGCCAAUGGAUGUUGACGAACCCCGUGGCGUCAAGAGGAAGGCUGACAAUGCGGGCGUGACCACCUCGAGGCGCAUCAAAGCACUGGAUCCAGAUGUUGUCAACAAGAUCGCGGCCGGCGAGAUCAUUGUCGCACCUGUGCACGCGCUCAAGGAGCUCAUGGAGAAUGCUGUUGAUGCAGGCUCCACUGCUCUCGAGGUGCUGGCCAAAGAUGGCGGUUUGAAACUGCUCCAGAUCACUGACAAUGGCAGUGGAAUAGACAAAGAAGACUUGCCUAUUCUGUGUGAGCGUUUCACCACAUCCAAGUUGCAGAAGUUUGAGGACCUCUCAUCAAUAGCGACAUAUGGCUUCCGCGGCGAGGCUUUGGCAAGCAUCAGCCACAUAGCCCAUCUGACCGUCACCACAAAGACCAAGGACUCGACCUGUGCCUGGCGUGCUUAUUAUGGCGGAGGCAAGCUUGAGCCCCCCAAGCCGGGCCAGACUGCAGAGCCCAAGCCAGUCGCGGGCAGAAACGGCACACAGAUCACUGUUGAGGAUCUGUUCUACAAUGUGCCCACUCGGCGCCGCGCUUUCCGCUCUGCUUCCGACGAGUACAACAAAAUCAUCGACAUGGUUGGUCGAUAUGCCGUCCACUGCAGCCAUGUCGCCUUUUCUUGCAAGAAACAAGGGGAAUCAUCUACGAGCAUAUCAGUGCCAGCCACCGCGUCUGUCAUCGACCGUGUUCGCCAGAUCUACGGCGCCAGUGUCGCCAACGAGCUGAUCGAAUAUUCUACCUCCGAUGACCGAUGGGGUUUCAAGGCCGAGGGCUAUGCCACGAAUGCCAACUACCAUAUAAAGAAGACGACCCUGCUCCUGUUCAUCAAUCAUCGCUGUGUCGACUCCACGAAUAUAAGAAAGGCAAUUGAGCAGACAUAUGCAGCAUUCUUGCCGAAGAGCGGCCAUCCUUUCGUGUACCUCAGUCUCGAAAUUGAUCCUGGUAGGGUCGAUGUCAACGUGCACCCGACGAAACGAGAGGUCAACUUUCUCAAUGAAGAUGAGAUCAUCAACGCCAUCUGUGAGCAUAUUCGCACCAAACUUGCAGCUGUUGACCAGAGCCGUACCUUCAUGACACAAACGCUACUUCCCGGCGCCGAUUGGCCAUCCACGCAGCAGCAGACCGAGGACGACGAGACCACUUCCUCAGCCACACGUGCGUCCGGGAAGAAAACCACCCGCCAUGAAAACACACUCGUCCGGACAGAUACCAAUCUCCGCAAGAUCACCAGCAUGUUCGCUCCAAGCGAAGAGUCAUCGUCUACACCAAGAGACUCUCGCGGAGCACUGCGCACUGCGCCUGAUACGCAGCCCCCAGAGGCUAUCGAAUACGAGACUAAUGAUCGCGAGCAAGUCCCGUGCCGUCUCGCCAGCAUCCGUGAGCUGCGUACAGAGGUCCGAGACGAUAUGCACCACGAACUUACAGAGGUAUUUGCCACGCACACAUUCGUCGGGGUCGUCGAUGAGCGUCGCCGGCUUGCAGCUAUACAAGGUGGUAUCAAGCUUUACCUCGUGGACUAUGGCCGAGCCUGCUUUGAAUAUUUCUACCAGGUUGGCUUGACUGACUUCGGAAAUUUCGGAGUUGUGAAGUUCAACCCUUCUCUGGACCUUCGUGCGGUCUUGCGCAUAGCCGCCGAGCACGAGAAGGAGAAGUGUUCUACAUCGGAGGAUGACUUCGACGUGGACGAGGUUGUUGAUAUGGUGUCAUCACAGCUUAUCGAGCGUCGUGAGAUGCUCUUGGAGUACUUCUCGUUCGAGGUCUCGCCGACCGGGGAACUUAUUAGCAUUCCCUUGCUUGUGAAGGGCUACACUCCGUCCAUGGCGAAGCUACCGAAUUUUCUGCUCCGACUAGGCCCACACGUGGACUGGACUGAUGAGAGGGCCUGCUUUGAGAUGUUUCUGAAGGAGCUGGCCUCACUGUAUGUACCUGAGGUGUUGCCGCCGAUGCCGGGCGAGGCCGAGGCAGCCGCUGCUGAACAGAUUGAUGAAGAGGUCAAGGCGAGGAGGAAGCACGUGCGCUGGGCUGUCGAGCAUGUUUUCUUUCCCGCCUUCAAGGCCCGCCUCGUGGCCACAAACAGUCUGAUGAAGGAUGGCGUGCUGGAGGUCGCCAAUCUGAAGGGCCUGUACCGAGUAUUUGAGAGAUGUUGAUUCAGAAGCCAUUUGCACCUCACUUCCUGAGACCCGUAGCUCUACAUGAUGUACGUCUCACAAGCGACACCAUAUUAACACGUAUUACAAGAACUUUCCAUCCCAGCCCAUUAGAAUACUCAGCAGACACAGUCUUGUCUACAAGUACAUACCCGUCUCCCACGUAUGUAUAUUCUGCAUCUUUGCGUACUGUACCGGACACCUGGAGGCCCGCACAUGGCCUCCUUCACCAGAGGCAGGCGGCACUUGAGCAGGACGUUGAUGCGGACGCUGAUACCCGCAGAGAGCUCUGAUAAGUCAUUUCCAUUCGU